GGAGUGUCUUCACAGCUCAAUAAAAGAAGGUCAUUCUGUACCGAUGAUCUCUAAGGGAUCCCAACCUGUCACAAUGCAGGAGAAAAGGCUUCUUCUGAGCAUCUUCCUGCUGGGUCUCAUCAGCAGAGUCAAGUCACAGAGUGACCUAAAUGAAAAUACAAAACUCAAUUACGUUAUGUCCAUCUUACCGGUGAUGAAAAGUGGGAAUACGGGGCAAGUCUGUCUGUUCCUUAAGAGCGAAGAGCUUAUACGGGUUAACAUUGAAUUCGAAUACCAAUCCUCAACCACUUCUAUAUUCAGCGAGGAAAUCUCUAAUUUAAAUGAAUGCAGAGAUUUUCAGGUCCCCACAGUGGACACACAACAACUGGCAUAUAUGACCUUUUCAGCUGUUGGAGACAUGGUAAAAAAAAUGGAACGCAAAAGUUUUGUUAUUGAUAUCAUGAAAAAAGCGUGCCAUAUACAAAUAGAAAAAACUUUGUACAAACCAGGAGACACAGUACGAUGCAGAGCAUUUUGUAUAGACAGCGACCUGAAGCCCACUGAGGAAAAUUUCACCAAAGUCUACAUGAUGGAACCAACUGGGGCACGUGUCGCCCAAGUAACGCAACCACCAUCAGAUGUUGGUUUGGUCUCAGUGGAAUUCAAUCUAAGCAGAGAUGCAGCUCCUGGAUCAUACAGGGUCGAAUUUGUAAGGGAAUUUGAUAGUGCCGUGAUUGCACAUUUUUCAGUGCAAAGAUAUGUACUGCCAAGAUAUGACUCCACUGUAUCCUGUCCAAAUGCGGUUUCAGUCUUGGAAAAAUCGGCUGAAAUUAAAGUGUCCUCUCAAUAUGUGUAUGGUCAGCCAGUACCAGGCAAAGUCAAUGGAAAGUGCUGCAGGAAAGUACGAUAUGCUUAUGGUAGAGUCGCUAAUUGUCAAAGGGGCUUAGAAGACAUUUGCACAGAAUUUACUGCAGAGAUAAACUCUACAACUGGAACCCACACAGAAAUUUUGAACCUGGACGCCCUUAGGCUGCAGUUUUCUGAAUAUGCCAAUAGCAUCGAAUGUGGCGUCACAAUGAAGGAAGCUGGGACAGGGGUCCUGGUUACCAAAUCGUGCUACAUUUCCGUGACCAGCCGGGCGGCUAAUCUGCAGUUGGAUUACACCUAUAAUUACCAGUAUUACAAACGGGGCAUAAAGUAUCCGAUUGCCGGCAUAUUAACAGAUCAGAGAGGUCAACCAAUGGCGAAUGAGUUGAUCAUCAUAGAGGUCAACGGAAAUAAAGUCAAGAACGCAACAACUGACGCCCAAGGAAGGGUGGAGAGUGAGAUAGAUACGACCUCAUUCUUUCAACCAAAUAUUUCCAUCCGUAUGAGUUAUCCCAAUGAAGAUCAAUGCUAUUCCACAAAUCAGCAGCUGUAUGAUGGUUUUUAUCCUGGCUAUCCUUACCGCUCUUAUCUUGACUAUCCUUCUGUUGAAAAGAUAGUCUACCGCUUUUACUCCGAGUUAGAUAGCUACUUACAAUUUAAAAAGAUACCAGGACGACUCUCUUGCAACAAGAGCCAUGACAUAGAGGUGGAAUACAAAGUGACAGAAGACGGAGUUGGGGAAGGCGCGACUGAAGCGACUUUCCAAUACUUGGUCAAAGCAAGACAAAAAAUUGUAUCACAUGGCCAACAAAAAGUUGACUUGACUAACAGCCUUACAGGAUCCUUCAAAAUACCGCUGCUUAUCACUUCUGAUUACGCAAUAAACGCUCAGAUACUCGUUAUUGGAAAAAUGAAGACCGAAAUCAUCUCAGACGUACAAACAUUCGACGUAGAAAGCUGUUUUAACAAUGAGGUUUCCUUGGCCUUCACGGAGUCAGUCGUAACUCCAGGCUCGGACGUUCAUCUAGAGUUAUCAGCAGCUCCGGGCUCAAUCUGCGGACUAAAAGCAUACGAUGCCAGCCUCGAUUUACUAAGUUCAUAUGAUAGUUUGAGCCCUGAUAAUAUAUAUUACUCACUGAGCUAUUACCAAUAUGGGCUCCAAGUUGGAAAUUUUAACUUAGAAGAUCCAGCCCCACCUUGUGAGGAUCCAAACAAAGAAGUGUUUUGUCAUGGACGAUAUUAUCGGCCCUUCAGCACUCUCACAGAUGGAGACACGUACGGAAAUCUCCUGUCAUUCGGCCUAAAUGUGGCCAGCGAUCUCAGAGUGAGGAAACCAGUGGUCUGUGGAAUGAAGGAGAUGCCCUACACUGCCACUGUGUUGUCCGGUGAGGCUUCACGCUCACAAGGAUCUGGUGAUGUGGUUGAGACUGUUCGCAGUAAUUUUGUGGACGUGGCCGGAUGGCAGACUGUAAUGAUAGGAUCAGAUGGAAGAGGAACUGCAGAAUUCCCCAUCCCGGACACUAUCUCCGAGUGGAAAAGCAAAAUGAUUUGCUUGUCAAAAGAAGAAGGUGUGGGUUUGACCAACGAGGCUGCAAAUGUCACCACAUUUAUUCCUUUCUUUGUGGAGUUUACACAUCCGCAAUAUUGUACCAGAGGAGAAAAGAUCAUCGCAGAUGCAACUGUGGCAAACUACCUGAACAAGUGCAUCAAGGUGAAAAUAACAAUAGAAGGUUCAGGUUUUACGCCCAAUUCCUUAAGUGAUGAUGGUGAGAUCUGUAUAUGUAAAGGAGAAAGAACGUCUAAGAAAUGGAGCUUGGAUUUUAACUCCACAGGUGAUAUAAAAAUCACUGUAUCCGCAUCAACAACAUACAUUUCCAAUUCAUGUGAUGGGGCCAAUGAUGAAUCUGAGACACCCCUCAGAGACACUGUCAUAAAGACCCUUAAAGUAGAGGCUGAGGGAAUGAAAAGAGAAGUCACACACAGUUUCUUGAAUAUCCUGGAAGGUUCAACCAUUGAAAAUGAAGUUACACUACAGAUCCCACCUAACUUGGUUGAAGAUUCAUAUGAAUUAUUUUGUACUGUCGUAGGUGACCCUGUUGGACUUGUGGCGGAGAAUCUGGUCAAUCUGCUGAACUUGCCAGAUGGAUGCUGUGAACAAAGCCUGGGGAGUAUGAUUGCCGUUGCACAUAUGCUAAAAUAUUUCAACUCUACUGGAGAUUUAGAUAAUGAACUUUAUGAAAAAGCAAAAAGUUACCUCGCUGUUCAAUAUGCUCGACAGCUUGGGUGCAGACAGUUCGAUGGCUACUACUCUGUCUUCCGCAGUUCCACUGUGCUGAAUUCUUGGUUGAACAUAAAUACGUUCUGGGCAUUUGAGCUGAUCAAAUCAAUUACUUAUGUGGAUACGGACAUCCAGAAACAGACACUGCUACUAAUGGGCAAAGAACAAAACUUGGAAACUGGCUGUUUCCAUCCCAAAGGGUCGUUUUUCACAAUCCAGGACCAGGAUAAUAAGAAUACUUAUACCCAUUUUACAGCGUAUAUGGUAAUACGAUUAAUAGUAGAUGAGCCGUACAGCAAUGGGGAGCCAUUGUUACAAGGUGGUCUGAAGUGUCUCCAGGCAGCUGAUUUAUCAUCUCUGGAUACUUAUACACUUGCCUAUUUAUACCAUGCUGCGGCUCGUGCUAAUCUACCAAUGGUCAACAACUUGCACAACCUUGUGUUACAGCGGGCUGUUGCUGAAGGUGGGACAGUACACUGGCAACGUGAAAACUCACCCCCAGGAAGGACACUUUAUUACAAGUGCCUUUCAGCAAACGUGGACAUCACAGCAAACAUGAUGUUGGGUAUGAUCAAGGGCCCCAAAGAAAAUCAAGAUCUUAAUUUGCUUGGCCAAGCAGCAACAUGGCUGUCUCAGUGUCAGAAUUCCAGGGGUGGUUACUCAUCCUCACUGGAUACAGCAUCGGGCGUUGAAGCCAUGACUGAGUUUGGUAGACUGGUCAAUGUCAAGGGCACCGAUUUUGAGGUUAUUGUGAGUCAAGGAGAUAAGGAAGUUGCCCGAAUAAAUGUAAACUCAGAAAACAAGAUGGUGGUUCAUAGAGUGAACCUGCCCGUUGUAUUUGAGAUAAUCAAACUUUCCGCCACUGGGACAGGCAACUUCCUCACACAGAUAACAUCGAAAUUCAACACCAGGAUAUCAAAUGAAGACAGCUCAUUCACACUGAAUGUUACUACACGGGCUGAAACCUGUACUGAAGGUGUAGCUCCAGUUAUUUACACUGAUAUCUGUUCCAUGUACACAGGAAGUAAAAACCAAACCAAUAUGGUACUUGUUGACAUUAAAGAAUUGACUGGGUAUACAACUGACAGAGGAUUAGCUUACACGAUGUCGUUCCCCAUAACAACGAAUGAAGUUGAAUAUAGAGACAAUCACGUGCAGUUUUACCUGAUGUCUCUUAAACCCCAGGUUGAGGUCUGCUUCACCAUCACAUCGUUUCUGGACAAACGGGCUUUACUCUAUCAGAACAGCGUCGUUACCAUAUGCGAUUAUUAUGAUGCAGAAAAUGCAGCUUUUGCUGUGUAUACCUACCCCUGCUCACCUACCGCUGUGGAAUAAUCUUGAUGCCUUCAUGUCGGAUCACAUUUCAGGAUAUUAA